CUUUCUUCCCUUCUCCUUUUCCUGGACCAUCUUCAACUGAGAAAAGAUAUUUCCGAUGAUCCUUCCCUCUUUUUCUCUCCUUAUUUUAAGUUUUGAUUCAAGAACGAAGCAAAUUUGUUAGCACAAGAUCCUUUUAUAUUACCUCUUAGCUUCUAUUGCAUUUUUGCACGGUUCUUUUAGCUAAAAUGAGACUUAACAUUCUGGUUAUGUGAAGAAUGCAAGUGUGCGUUGGAUACUGCAUAUCGAAAGCUAGAUAUUGAAGAGAAAUUUUUUUUUUGAAGAUGUUCCCCAAAAGCAGAAAGGUGGUGUCGAACAUAUUUCUAAGAUGAAGGAAGUAGUAAAUAUUUUCAAAUAGUACUAUUCUUUUUAAUAAAUGUGAAUGAUAUCGAGGAAGAGUAAAGCAUAGAAGCGCGGGGGUUGGGGUUGAACUGGUGUAAACGAAAAGCCGCAAGACACUCUGUAAAAUUUAUAAAUAGUACCAUUUUUGGACGCAAGGAGAGGAGCAAUGGAACCUCGUGGUCGUGGUCGUGGUCGCGGCCGUCACUCUCCAUCCACUGCACCGGUUGUUGUUAGAUAUGAGGAAUCUGAGCGCGGUAGUGGCAGUAAGGAGAAGAAUUCAUCAGCUGAUUCUGAUUCUGUUGAAAUGAGAGUGGGAAAGUUAAGUAUUGGCGAUGAUAAGCCGGCAGCAUCAGGGUUCGAUAUAUGUCCCCCUAAACAAGCUGGAAGCGUUGUUCUGAAACCUCCUUUGUUUUUAAAGAACAGAGAAAAGAGACAGUCUAGUAAUAGCCGUAGCAAUGUGGUCGUAUCAUUAAGGCCUGGGAUGGUGUUUCUGAAGGGUUACCUGUCACUAAGCGAUCAGGAGAUGAUAGUGAAAAGAUGCAGGGAGUUGGGGGUGGGAAGUGGAGGAUUCUACCAGCCUGGUUACGGGGAAGACACCAAAAUGCAUUUGAAAAUGAUGUGCCUCGGAAAGAACUGGGAUCCUCAGUCCGGUCAAUACGGAGACCGACGCCCAUUUGACGGAGCAAAGCCACCGCAAAUUCCUCCCGAGUUCCACAGCCAUGUCCACAGUGCACUCAAGGAUUCCAAUGCCCUCCUUCCCUCCAUCUCCCCUGACAUCUGCAUUGUCAACUUUUACUCCCAAACCGGCCGUCUGGGUCUUCAUCAGGACAAGGAUGAAAGUCCAGAUAGUCUUCGCCUAGGCUUGCCCGUCAUAUCCUUCUCCAUUGGAGACUCUGCUGACUUCCUCUACGCUGACCACAGGGAUCUCGACCAGCCUCAAAAAUUGCUACUCCAGUCCGGUGAUGUUUUGAUCUUUGGUGGCCCCUCUAGAAAUAUAUUCCAUGGCGUCGCCUCUAUUCAUCCAAACACUGCCCCCAACCUCUUGCUCCAACAUACUAAUCUACGCCCUGGUCGCUUGAAUCUUACCUUUAGACGGUACUAAAUUAUAUAUGCCUUUCUAUGCAUUGCUACCUAUUUUGUAAAGUCUCUUAUGUGAUACAGACUAAAUCAACAAUGCUCCUAAUGCUCUACUAAUUUUGAUGAUACCUAUAGUUUCUUAUUGCUUUUUAAAUUCUAUAGUUUUUAGUUGCAUUGCUUCUC